AUGUCAGCUGUUAGGGAUGCAGAACCUCACAGUUACGUCGGUGACUUUUUUCAAGACGUUUUGUGGAAGGAAGCAACCGAAGCGUUUAAAGGCCGGAGACAGUCGGACGUGUCGAAAGGCAAGUUGAGGAACUUUCUAUUGAACGCCCGAUACCGUACUAAUGAUUUCUUGUCGGAUUCAACUUUUAUGCAAGAAUUGCGUGAUCAUCUUCUGGAAAGGGAAGAUCUAUUCAGUCCUCGAAACAACGAUCUAUUCCAGUUCAUGCAAACGCCAAAUUUGUUGAAGUCGGAGGAACGAAGCGUGCCGUGCAUCCGGGAUGACGGGGAAUCAACCGGAGGAGCACCGAGUGUGAGAAAUCCCGUAAACAUUUUUGGGGAUAUUUUGAGGGCUGUAAUCAAACCAGUGUUGGAACGUGUAUCUGGGAUUGACUUAUCCGAUGAUAUUUUCAUGAGUUCAUCCAUCUACACGCAUACGGAUACUCUGCUAUGCCAUGACGACGAUCUGGAAGAACGAAGACUUGCAUUCAUUUAUUACUUAACGCCUCCAGAAUGGACCGAGGAAGAUGGAGGGCAAUUAGAUCUCUUCGAAUGUACUGAUGAAGCCAGCCCUGGGAAAGUUGUGAGAUCCUUCCUGCCUAAAAGAAACACGUUCCUUUUCUUCCACGUUUCGUAUCGUUCUUUUCAUCAGGUUCGAGAAAUUUUGACGAAAACCAAAGUGCGGCUCUCCUUGAACGGUUGGUUCAAUGGUGCACCUUUAAAAAGACCACCGCAUCCGAUCGAUGCAUUACCGUCUUUUGUUCACCCUGGAAAUCUCUUGGAUGAGUUUUUCGAAUGGAUAAAUCCGACUUAUCUAGAUCCUGAAACAAUCGCAAGCAUCCAGGAAAAUUUCGAGGAAACUUCCGAAAUCCAAUUAGUGCAAUUCUUUAAUGCGGGCGUGUACGACGAGCUCUGUUCAGCGUUUUUAGCAGCUGCUGAUGAAGACUGGCUUGAAAGAGGACCUGCGAACAGGAGAAAAUUCCGUAAUUGGAAUCGCUCUGAUGUAGAUGACGGUAUCAUUGGGAAACUUCAAGUGUUCUUCCAUUCCGAAGCAUUUUUCUUGCUCUUGUCCCAAUUGACUGGGCUACAGUUGCAUAGAAAAACUGAAGAAGACUCAGCCCCAAGUUCGUCAAAGAAGAUCAAAGUAGAAAAAGAAUCGUGUGAUCCUGGAUGUUUCCUGGAAAUUCGAGAAAUGGAACACGGAAGCUAUAGCUUGUGCUCAGAUGAGGAUCCCGUUAUGAGUUUAAAUACACUGGAGGCAUCUGUGUUUUUCAACUCUCCCGCUUCGACUGAAGAUGAUGAUGGUGAUGAGGAUGAACCAUACGAUGGUCCGGGGGGCUUUCUUUCGUAUGUUCCUCGGUUCGAGACAAAUGAGAUGCUGAGGAUUUCCCCAGCUCGAAAUACCUUGUCGCUGGUUUAUCGCACAUCCGACGUGCUAAGAUUCACGAAGAGGUGCUCAAAAAGCCAAAGCUUUUAUUCAAGCCGUGCAAAAGCUUCCCAAGCCAGAUUCUGGGAGUAUUACGCUGUUUUCCCGGAUUUCGUGAAAACUCUCCAUGUGGAAUGCAAUGUUCUACUUCCUACAAAGUUUGGUGCGAAAGGAGUGAAAACGGAAUUUUGUGGCUCAUCCUUGAUAUCUGAAGAACAAGGGACGGAUCAAGUUGCCGUUGCUCGAGAAGAAACUGGUGUCAGAAUUCGUUUGCGACGAGGGAAAAAGCGGAAGAGUUAUGUGAAAACCAAAGGUGUGGAAGCUACCGAGUUACAGACGUCUCCGGUCGUCGUUGGUCCGAGUGAUGGAUCAGAAGAAAGUGUUCCGCCUGCAAAGUCCCCGCGAAUCGAGGAGUUCUCAGUGUUCGACGAGAAUAAAUCUCGUAAUACGGAUGGUGUCGUCUCUCAGCCGGUGCACCUGUUUGAGAAAGGAGAAAAUGCUGGCAAAGAAGUCAAGCGCCGAGGUUUGCCGCCAGAUCGCAGGCAGAAAACGUCAACGUAUUCGAUGCGCGGAAUCGGAAAUUAAUUCGUUGGAUCGUUCUGCGUUAAUUUUUGUGAUUGCAUAAAUCGUUCAACCCGUUGAAUGAUUUGGUUGCCACUGCGCUGGUAUUAUGGUUUUUAUAGUAUGAGGGUUGUCCCCUUUGGGCGCGGCCUUUCAUAUUUCUACAAUAGGCGC